CAAACGUAGUGAAAUUAACACGUUGGGCAGAGAGCUGCUGUGAGAGAGGACAAUUUCACGCCAACUGAUUUUUUGCCAGUGAGCAGAUGCCAGGAAAAGCCAAGAAAGGAACCAACCGGAAAAUUCUCGCCAAAUGAAGUUAAGUGACAUUGUGUAACUUAGUGUUCAUCAAGUGAUCCCACCCAGCAAGCCGAUCGCCAAGAUAUGGACACAGAUCAGAGAUAAGGAAAUGGAAGAGGCAUUUGGACUGCUGUUCCAGGAAUUCAGAAGGUUGAAAAUGGUGUGUGUGAGGCAGGCAGAGCUCAUUAAAGAGCUCACUGAGAAGAGGGAAAUAACUGCUGAUAUGCCCUUCACCGUGCCAAUACAGUGCACUGAUGCUGGGAAGCCUGACCAAUCCGAAGGACCCUUCCUCAGACCUCAGCAGAAGAAGGUCCUCCAGGAAGCUGUCUGCAAUGCACUUGCUGAUUCUCAAGAUCUUAUGGGGGACAUAAGCCAGGACAAAGGGCUUGAGUACUGCCCCAAGCUUGACAUCAAGUUUUCUCCUUCCAACAACAAUUAUGACUUUUUGAUUAAUGAAACAGAAAAAUCACCUCACCUGAAAACUGCUGAUCUAUCAGAACCUCCAACUGGAGAAAGUGCUCAAGCCUCUGCCAGUAACUUAUACGAUGACUACAGAAACACCUUUAGCUUUGGUGCAAUCAGGAGUGCAUCAGAACAGCCAACUGCAAAUACUCCUGACCCCUUCCUGGGUGGACGAGUGGUGCUUUCAGGAUCAGACUACCCCUUUGGGGAAAAGGAGUACUCCAAAACUUUCAGUGUUCUUGUUCCAGGGAGCUUGGACUCAGCUGUCAUUUAUCAUUCCACAGAGUGUGCAUCUGUUAUACCAGAUCUUCUCAAUUCUCCAGAGAUGAGUAGGCCACAGCAGAGCCCGUGGAGCCCUCAUCAUUUGCCUGAAGAUUGCUGUGCGGGACAUGAAACCACACUGAACUCUGAAUCAAGCCUCAAUUCCCAAGUCUGUGAAUUCUGCCAGGCUGUGUUCCCAGCUGGCGCAGCAACCCGAGGUGAUUACUUGGUGCACCUCACUGGACACAUUGAAUGCGAUUAACUCCUGUGGCUACAUUUUGGGGCACCUUAUACAUGCUAACUCACCACUGUGAGGGCAAUGAGCAGUGCAGAACUGGAUUCAAUGAACGCUGGCUAUGUGUGGUGAAGGUGCUCGCCCUGAAGGUGCGCAAUGGCAGGGAUGAAGGAAGCUCAAACUGAACAUAAAGCAUGACAUGGGCAGAUGGGGCUGGAGAUGGGGGAAGAGAUAAUCAAACUAUGUGAGAAGAACAGAAUUUACUUCACACAAGACCACUUUAUACUCUUAUGCAGUGCAGAGAACAGAUGGCUGGAAGUGCAUGCUCCAUAGAAUAACACGCAACAGGAGUGUGUUACCAGGCAGUGACUCAUCAGGGAAGGGUUCACAUUACACUGUCAACAAAGAGAGCAGUUUUGUUGUUUCAGAUAGAUAACCUGGAGACAUGUAAAAUGAACCCCGGUGACAUUACAGUAUAUUUGAUUUGACCUCCACUGCAUAUUAUAUAUUAUGAUGUUGACUACUGUAUUAUCUUAGAUCAGACAAUGAGAGAGCACAGAUGAAGGUCAUUUAACACAUGAUGUCUGCAUCAGCUCUCUAAAAGGGCUAUCUAUUUAGGUCUCUUCUGUUCUUUUCCUUUAUUUCUGCGCAUUGUCCCACUUAAAGAAUUUAUCUGAUUCUCAUUUUGAAAGUUAUCAAUGGAUCUGCUUUUACCAUCCUUGCCAUCUAUUUUUUACUUAUCUUUCUGCUGGUUCUUUUGCCAAUUACUAUGUAAAAAGUGUCUCCUUUCCAUUACUGACCUUCUUGUCAGUGAAAACAGUGUCUUCUUAUGCAAUGCAGCCAAAACCUUCAUGAUUUUGAUCACCUUUUUAAAAUGUACUUUUUGGAUCUGGGUGUCACUGGCAAGCCCAGCAUUUAUUGCCCACCUCUAAUUGCCCCUGAGAGGGUGGUGGUGAGCUGCUGUCAUGAACUGUUGCUGUGGUCUGAAAGUUUAGCGGUUAUGUUGCUAGACUAGUAACACUGAGGUGUGGACUAAUAAUUCGGAAAUCUAAGCUCAAACCCUAUCAUAAAUUUAAACUUAGUUAAUUAAGGAAUGAGUAAUCGUGAUCAUGAAGCCACCAGAUUGUUGUAAAACCCACCCAGUUCUCUAGUACCCUUUAAGGAAGGAAAUCUGCCACCUUUACCUGGUCUAGGCCAUGUGCGACUCCAGAUCUAUAAUACUCUCAACUUCCCUCUGGAAUGGCCAAACAAGCCACUCAGUUGUAACAUGAUGCUACAAAAGCCUCCCUUACCUUCUGAGGGACAGUCCCAGCUUCUCCACCUAACUAAAGUCUUUCAUCUCUGACACCAUAAUUCCACUUUGCAUCCCUUCUUCUAAAGUGUGGUGCACAGAAAUGGCCACCGUACUCUGGCCAGGGCCUAAUCAUUAGGGAUCCUAUUAGAUAUUAUUAGGGUUCAGCAUAAAUGAACCUACACUACGUUUCCAUUUAUUUACAGGGCAUGGGCAUUGUCAGGAAGAUUGAUAUUUACUGCCCAUGAACAGCUUUCCAGGCCUUUUCAGAGGCAGUUAAGAAAGAAUCACUUUGCUAUGGGUCUGGAGUCAAAAUUUGGUUGACCAGCCAUUGACAAUAGAGUUCCUUCCCUGAUGGACUUAGUUUUUACGGCAAUCCUGUCAUUUUAUGGUCACCAUUCAUGGCUUUUAGCUUUUUAAUUCCUGAAUUUUUUAAUUAUUUGAAUUUUAAUUCCCCAGCAGCCAUGGUGGGAUUUGCAAUAUCUCCAAAUUAACAGUCUGUGCCUCUUAAUUUCAAAUCCAAUAAUUUAACCACUAUGUUACCAUAAACCCGGAGAUAAAACCAAGUAUCCCACCUGCCAUUUUAAUCACCUUCUCAACUUGUCCCGCCACUUUCAAUGAUGUGUGUGAGAACAUGUCCAUGUGACAAUACUGUGCCACCUGACCUCCAUUGUGGUGAUAUGAUCAGUCUAACAGGUUGUGUAUUGGCUGGCCAUAGGACCUACAGACUGGCACGUGGUGCCCUUUAAUUAGAGACCAACUGAAACGACUCUUCUUAUUUUAAGGUGUGGUAUGAUGUGUUAGAUCGUGAUAUGUGACAGCAAAGCCAAGAUAACUCCAGUACAUAAAUCUAUGUAUGUUUUACAUAAUCUGGGAUGUAAAUGUAGAUUGAUAUUCCUCUAACAAUGAAGAAACAGAAGUUCCAAAUGGCCAGCAGAGAGGCAUGCUUCUCAUUGCUAGGUUCCACCUUUCCAAAACAGCCCUUGUACCUCGUGAGAUUGAAGAUGAUCUGUUAGGAUAAUUGGGAGCCAUGUGUCCAAAGCAGCAAUCAAUCUCGCAGCACUCAUACUACACACAUCUGAUUUUUCAGAUUGGCUCUUAGCUGGCACCUACACAAUGCCAGCUUGUUACAAGUUCUUUGGCUGCCCUUGUGUGACAGCUUUGGUUUGUCAGGUCACAUUCUUGCUCUGAGUCAAAAGGUCUUGCUUCAAGUCCUGCUUGAGAGACUUGAGCACAAUAACCACAGCUGCUGUUCCUAACGCAUACUCAGAUCCCACAGCACUACUCUAAAGAAGCAUGGGGAAUUCUCCUUGGUGUCUCGGGGUUAACAAUAUUCCCUCAACCAAUAUCAUUUAAUCGAUUAUUUGGUUGUUACUGCAUUGCUACAGGUGGGAGCUUGCUAUGCGCAAAUUAGCUGCUGUGCUUUUUACAUUACAACAGUGACAACACUUAAGCAGUUCUUCAAUAGCUGUACUGAAUGAUCUGUGGUUGUGAAAAGUGCUAGAGAAAUACAACUCUUGCCUAUCCAGCUGUAAGCUGUUGGUUUGUGUGGAGCCUCUUGUCUGCUCCAUUUACUUGUUUGGCACAGAAUACGUUUAGGGCCUUGCUUGUUUUGCUUUUUGCAUGCAAAACUGUUCACUAUUCUACUAUGUAAGAGAAAAAAAAUACACAUUCUUGAAAUAAAACUGAAUGAAAUGGCCAAUCUGCUCAAUCUUCAGCUGGGUCUGAUUCGUGUAAGAGAUAGGACAUU